GAUGUUUGCUGCUGCUGAGUUCCUGAGCCUUCCCCUUUUGCAAAACGCGGCCCGAAUCUUAAAAAGCUGCAGAAAGAGGAAUCUGAGCCUGAAAUAAAAGGAAUUCGAAUUUCCCUCCUCCUGGAAUUUAAAUACGUGGUGCAGCUGCUAGGAUGAUCAUCACCCGCCUCUGGGGCACGGAGGAGAUCAACUUAAGUUUCCCGCCCAAGGAAUGUGCGUGUUUAUUAUGGGGUGUUUAGAUUUUAAUCUGGAUCCAACAGAGGGAAUCCAAUUGGAGUAGCAAUCUUGGGAACUGAAGGUGGGAUACAUGUUGCUGUAUUCCCCUCUCCAUUUUAUCGUCACAACAACCCUGUGAGGGAACCGGGUGCCAUGGCGGACGACAACGGACUUUAUACGAAGAUGGCGGAAAACGUGAGCGAAGGCUUAGAGGCGGAUCCGCAGGGCGUCGCCAUGGAGUCGAGUACCUUGCUGCAGAAACUGAGAGGCACCAUUUCGAAAUCAGUGCAGUGCAAGAUCGACUACAUACUGCAAGAUGUCCAGAGGUUUACUGACCAUGCCAAGCUCUAUCUCUACCUCCAACUUCCUUCUGGCCCAAGUUCCGGGGAGAAAAACCUGGACCUGACUUCUCUGAGCUCAGCUGAGCACAUGCAUGCUUGCACCUGGAUCCGAAAUCACCUCGAGGAAUACCCGGACACCUGCUUGCCCAAACAAGACGUCUUCGAUGCUUACAAGCGUUACUGCGACAACCUUUGCAGCCGCUCUCUGAGCGCAGCCAACUUCGGCAAGAUCAUCCGGGAAAUCUUCCCGAACAUCAAAGCGAGGAGGCUGGGGGGCCGCGGGCAGUCGAAGUAUUGCUACAGCGGGAUACGGAGGAAGACUGUGGUGAACAUGCCCCCACUUCCCAGCCUGGAUCUGAAAGAGACGGAGUCGCCGGAACGGCCAGAGGUGGUCCAGUCCUACAGCGACGAGGUGAUGGAAGCGGCCUGCGCCUUGACCUGCGACUGGGCCGAGAAGAUCCUCAAGCGCUCGUUCAACAACAUCGUGGAGGUGGCCCAGUUCCUCAUCCAGCAACAUAUCAUCAGCUCCCGUUCGCCCCACGUCGACCUCAUCAUGGCCAUGGUGGUCUCAGAAAUUACCGAGAACCACCGUGACAAACGGCCGCCCCAAACCGUGAAGAAAAAUGAGCCAGGAGGCCUGGAGAGUUCAGACAAUAAGCAGACCCAGGCCAAAGCAGAAAACGCCGCCAAGCCCUCGGCCACAGCUUCGCGGAGUGAGGCAAAGAAGCCGGCGGACGCCCUGGCGAAGUCCGCCAGCAACCCACAGGUCAACGCCUUGGUGGCUCGGCUGCCACUGCUGCUGCCCCGUGUCCAGGUCCAGCCCGGGGACAGGCUGGUGGUGUCUCCGGGGGUGGCAGCCAUGCACCCGUCCCCCACCGUCUUGGCGCCCAAGCUGACUGCCUCGGGGGGCACAGUCAAGAUGGCUCUCUCCGUGGGACCGGGGCCGUCCACUCUGUUGGCCCCCGCGGUGAACGGGCCAGCUGGCAUGGUCAGCCCUCCGAGCGCCGUACCGGUCAUCAACAUGAUGCCGGUCAUCAACGUGGCAGUGCCCCCCGUGACCGAGGUCCCGCUGAAGCCCAAGAGUGCCCCUGCCGGAGGAGGGGUGAACGGCUGCGAGGCUCAAUGGAGCCCCCACGACCCGCAGAGAGCCAAGCCCCCCGCCAAGCGGCCCGCAGAAGCACCCGGGGAGGCGACGGCAAAGAGGAAGCGGGGUCGGCCCCGCAAGAAAGCGGACCCCCCUUUGCUCGAGAAGGGCACCUCUAAGGAGGGAGGACCCAGUACCGAGGAGGAUUCGGACAUCAUCGUCGUAACUGUGGGUUACGGCGACCAGGCCACGCGCCCCUCCUCCCGCUCCGGGUCUCGGGAAGAGAGCGCGGAAGUGGAGGUGGUCCAUGUUGGGAAGCCCAAGAGCCCGUUCCCCCAGGAGACGAGCGCAGAGGGCCCUUCCCGGGCCGGCAGCCUCAUUGUCAGUCCUGCCCCCAAAGCCGCUGUCCUGCCCACCCAGGUGAGCGUCAUCAGGGGCCGGAGGUCCGCCAUGCCUGUGGUUGUGAAAGAGACAGGAAGUGACUGGAAGGAGACAGGAAGUGGCUCCAAAGAGACAGGAAGUGGCUCCAAAGGGACAGGAAGUGGCUCGAGGGAGCCCCGGCAGUUGGCUGAAGGCGCAGCAGCUCCAGGGAUUGGGACCAGAAUCACCGUCGCGAGGGACUGGGAGGAUCCGGAGAGCGAUAGCUCCUCAGAAUGUGACCUCCAACCCACCGAUCUUUCCAUGCGCAAAGUUGCCCCGCCGCCCACCAAGGGUCGCUUAGAGGCCUGUGGCUUGCGGCCGUCGUCCGUAAACUUACACAGGGUCAGCGCGGACCAGGGGAAGGCGGCAGAGACGGCGAGUCCGCCAGGGACAUCGGCACAGGCCCCCAGCCGAUAACACCACCCCCACCCCUCCUCUGGCGUGCGUCUCCCAAUGCCAAACUCUCCCACGCAAAGGCACCCCGGUUCUGCUUGCUUUUACUAAUUUGAUGCACGCGUGUAGGGGGGAAAAUGCACGGCGAUGUGAGCUUGCAAAAGCGACUUUCCGUCAUGCCUCUUCCUUGGCCUCCAUGCAAGGCCAUGUGGCUGAGAAGUUGGCUGUGUGCAACGCCCCCCCCCUCCCCA